GGAACUUGCGGGUGUCACUGCUGGGCACCGAUCAUCAGGGCACUGAUCAUCAGUGCCCUGGUGGUCAGCUGUAUCUAAUGACACAGCAGUCACCAGGUAAAUGCAGUUGCCGGUUAUCGGCUGCACAGCGUGAGGAAAGUAUUGCCAAGAACCGGCAAUUGUCAGCGAAGGGAUCGGCACUGAUCAUAAGGGCACUGAUGAUCAGUGCCCUGAUGAUCAAUGCCCAGCAGUGCCACCCACCUGUGCCCAGCAGUGCCGCCCAC